UCAGGAACUUCCGAGGGUUCGUGAAGGCACCAUUCAGUAGCGGGCCCGCCUGUGCGCGCGCCCACAGUGAACCUCCAGACAGCUUUGGACCUGCAUGUCAGAAGCCUCUGCAUCACCUGCUGCUCAGCCCGGAACGAACCGAACCGGGAGUCCAGAACCGAGAGUCCAGGACCAGGAGUGCAGGACCAAGAGUCCAGAUCCGGGAGUCCUGAUCCGGGAGUCCAGGACCAGGAGUGCAGAACGUGCCCGCUGACGUUCUGGGAUGCCGUCCAUCCGUCUCUGUGGAGGAGAAGACUGACAGAGAUGGGCGGAACUUUGGCUGCUGGAGUUUUGGCAGCGAGGAAACUGAGCUCCAGGAGAAGUGUUGGUCCUCAGAUGCUGCUGCUGUGUCUGCUGUGGCUGCAGCCUGCAGCACGCAGCGCAGCCGCAGACGCCACGGCGUGGAGGCAGACGGGCCCGCGGCUGCAGAUCUCACACUCAGAUCUGACCAACGGCUCAGCGACAGUCUGGGGGGGCGGGGUCAGUGGCAGCUACCAGGCCCUCCUGCUGGACGAGGACCACGGCUGGCUGCUGGUGGGAGGAAAAGACCACAUCUACCUGCUAAACCCAGAAAGUGUGGACCUGCCCACACGGACGGUCUACUGGCCAGCAUCAGCAGAAAACGUGGAACUCUGCAGACUGGCGGGAAAAAGUCUGGAGAAGGACUGCUCCAACUUUGUGCGUCUGCUGCAGCCUUUCAAUAAGACUCAUGUCUUUGCAUGUGGGACCGGAGCCUUCCACCCCCAGUGCACGUACGUGCACCUUGGACACAACAUGGAGGAGCCGCUGUUCAUGCUGUCCGGUUCCGGCGAGUCCGGCAGAGGAAAGUGUCCCUUCAGUCCCAGAGAGCCUUUCACCGCCAGCCUCACCGAUGGCGAGCUUUAUGCCGGCACAUCCGUGGAUUUUAUGGGAGCCAACGCUGCAAUCUUCCGGACGUCGGUGAUGGGAAGCAGUCAGCAUUACAUCCGCACUGAAGCCUACGAUCACAACUGGCUCAACGAGCCCGAGUUCGUGGCCUCGUUCUCCAUCCCUGACACCCACAGUCCAGAUGACGAUAAAAUCUACUUCUUCUUCAAAGAGAGGGCGGUGGAGGCGGAGCAGUGGGACAGGAGGGUCUACAGCCGCGUGGCGCGAGUCUGUAAGAACGACGUCGGGGGGAAGAGGAGUCUGAUCAACCGCUGGACCACCUUCCUCAAAGCCCGGCUGGUCUGUUCUGUUCCCGGCCCGUCAGGAGUGGACACGCACUUCGAUGAGCUGGAGGACAUCUUUGUUCUGGAAACCAAGGAUCCUCAGAACCCGACCGUCUACGGCGUCUUCAGCUCUUCCAGCUCCAUAUUUGGUGGUUCAGCCGUGUGCGUUUACUCCAUGGCCUCCAUCCGCGCUGCGUUCAACGGACCCUUUGCUCAUAAAGAAGGCCCUGACCAUCGCUGGGUGGAGUACAAGGGCCGCAUCCCGUACCCGAGACCUGGAGCUUGUCCCAGUGAGACCUACGACGCUCAGCACAAGUCCACCAAGGACUUUCCAGACGAGGUGGUGAGCUUCAUGCGGCAGCACCAGCUCAUGUGGGAGCCCGUUCUGCCUCUGGGCGGCAGGCCCGUCCUCACCCGGGUCGGCGCCGCCUCGCUGCUCAGGAAGGUGGUGGUCGACAGAGUGGAGGCUGAAGACGGACCUUAUGAUGUUCUACACCUGGGCACAGAUGAUGGGAAGCUGCUGAAGGCCGUGUCUGUCCAUGAAGACAACCGGCAGACGGAGGAGAUCCUUCUGGAGGAGCUGACCCUUUUCCAGAGUCCCACUCCCAUCCUGAGGAUGGAGCUGUCCACCAAGAGAGAGCAGCUGUUCGUGUCCAGCGAUCUGGGCGUGGUCCAGCUCGGCCUGCAGAGGUGUUCUCUGUACGGGCCAGACUGCGCCCAGUGCUGCCUGUCCAGAGACCCCUACUGUUCCUGGGACGGACACUCCUGCUCCAGAUACUUCUCCUCCAGCAGAAGGCGUGCGCGGCGACAAGACGUGAAGUACGGAGACCCCUGGAGUCAGUGCCAGAAGGACGAUCCCGGUUCUCCGUCAGUGGAGCCGGAGAAACCCGUGUUUGCGGUUGAAGGAAACUCCACCUUCCUGGAAUGCCUUCCUCCAUCUCCGGAGACCCGGCUGGUUUGGUCGGUGCAGCCGUCAGACGGCCAGAGGCAAAGUGUCGGUCAAAGCGGUGAAGAGCUCCUUCAGAGUGACGACCAUCGCUCCCUCCACAUGAAGACCGGGUUGCUGCUUCAGCACCUGCAGCCGGCGGAUGCUGGCCUCUACAUGUGCACCGGUCACGAGCAGGCCUACCGUCAGGUUCUGGCCCGGUACCGCCUUUACAUCAUAUCCAACCAGCAUGUCCCGCCUCCCUACUACCUGCAGAACCACCACCCGGACCUCCUGAUUCUAGGAAAGACCGGCCCGGCUGCAGGAGGAGCUGCUCCUCCAGGAUCUCUGCUGCUGGGACACAGAAACCACUGGCAGCUUCCUCUGAAGAGCUACAAAGACCUGCAGCUGGUGGGGGGCCACGGCCUGAACGUGGACCAGUACUGCGAGCAGCUGUGGUACCGCGAGAAACGCCGGCAGCAGAAACUGCGCACUCUCAAACUGAAGCAGGAGAGCCGGAAAGCCCGCGUGAGGAGAAACUACCAACCUCUGAGCCCGCUUUAGAGUCCAGAGACCGUCAGGAGAUCCAGAACAGCUGACAGCAGGUCAGGAGAAUCUGGACACGGAGAACAAACAUGGCCGGAAGUCCUCGACCAGAACCCCUUUGUAAGGCUUCAACCUUUUAUCCUGACACUACUUACGCGAUCAGCUGAUUCAGAGAGAAGAAAACGGGAUUUCGUCGUUUUUCCUCUGGAGGUAAACGGCUGCAGUUACACAGAAAUCAAACGAUGAACGUUCUCUGUCCCGUUUGAAACUCUUCUCACACUAAACUGUAGACAGUUGCAGUUUAUUCACAUUGAAAGGGGAAAAGUUUUUUCAAACAUCAGUUUCGUAAAGUUUAGGGAAAUUCCACUUCCGGCUAGACUUUGUUUGUGGCGCCAUCUUCCAUGUGACCAGACGCCUCUUGGACAGUUUUCCUCUUGAGGCUGACAGCAGACGCAUCAAUCUGAACCUGUAGACGAACAUGUCUUUCACUCGGAUCAUCUUUAAAUGUGUCAGCCUUCAUCACAACAGCUCUGCUGCACAUGCACUAAACCCUCAUCUGUUCCUAGUGUCUAGUUCAGGUUCUGGAGAAGAGAAGAUGGUAUCUUCACAUUGACUGCAGUCAAAUGAGCCGCCGUUCACA